AUGUUGUUUGAGCCAAAAUUACAUUCAAUAUCGGCCAUAACCGUUAAUAAAUUUAUUCAGCCAAUUAAUGAAAUAGCUGCACAUAAAGAACAACAAUUACGACCAUUACCUGGUACACGAAAACGUCGACGUAAAAAUCGUUUUAAUAUAAAUUCAUUGAUAAUUGAAACACAAUUACAAUCGUCAGUUGAACCGAUUACAGCGGCUACAAUCGAGAAAAUUCUUGAAACAACUUUACCAUCAAUAUCGAUCAUACAGGAAGCAACAACAAAAGUAUCAGCUGUUACAUUGAAACAUUUAUUGAAAAAAGCACCAACAGUAAAACGUGGUCGUGGUAGACCACAACAAUUGACCUCAUCAACAACAUUUAAUAAUGAAACACUGCCACAACAACAAGAACAAAAGUCACCAUCAAAUGAAACAACGAUAAGAAAACGACAAAGAAAGCAAAAAAUUUGUCUAAGAAAAUCACCACCACCAUCACCAUCACAUGAUGAUGAAGAUGAUGAAAAUGAUGAAGAAUCGAAUGAUUAUAUAAAUAAUGAAAAAAUAAUGAAUCAUAAUAAAGAUAUUAUAAUCAAAUUAUCGAAUGAUUUGAAUAAAAAUCAAAUAAUGAAUCGAAAACGUAAUAAAAAAUUAAUAAAAAAUGAAAAUGGUAUUAGUUUAUUACAGAAAAUACCGGAAGAAAAUAUUGAUAAAAAAGUUAGUCGAAUUAGCGGUGAAAGAAAUUUGAAAAAAUUGAAAAAAUCCUGUAAUUCUAAAUCGAUUGUUGUAUCAGCAAAUGGUAAACAACAACAACAACAACAGAAAUCUAUUAUGAUGAUGGCCGAUAAUAAUAAUAAACGUAAUGGACAAUGGCAAAGAAUAUCACCUGUAUCAUCAUCAUCAGAACAAAUGCCUUGUUUAGCAUUAUCAUCAAGUUCUUCUAUAGAACCGACUACUACUACUACAAAAUUAUCGAAAAAACUGCCACAACAACAACAACAAACGAAAAUAACAAGUAAAGAAUCCUCAUCAUCAUCAUCGACAAUGAUAGAUUCAAUUAUUAUAUCACCAUAUAAUAGACAUCCAUCAAAAAAAGAAAAAGAAAAACUCAAACAGAUACAGAAUCGUGAUCGUAAAAGAUUAGCUAGGCUACAGAAGCAAUCUGAAUCAAUAUUAACUAAAAAAAAUUUGAUUCAAUCAUCAUCAUCAUCAUCAUCAAAUAAUAACAGUCACAAUGAUAAAGUGAAAACAAAUCUGAACGAUGAUAAUGAUAAUGAUGAUGAUGAUGAUGAUGAUGAUGAUGAAUGUUGUGAUAUUAUUGCUGAAAUACCAGCAGCAGCAGCAACAUCAACAUCAAAAGAAAAAGCACAUGUAUCUGAUAAUGAUGAUGACAAUAAGACUAGUGCGCCACUUAGUGAUAAAUCUUUAAGUUCAAAAAAACGUUUGAAAAAACAUAAUAAUAAUAAUAAUACUACCAUGCCAUCAUCAUUAUCAUCAAAUUCAACAAAUUCAAAUGAUAAUCAUCAAUCGGUUGAUGAAAUUAUUGAAUUUGUUGUUGAAAAAUAUUGUCAAAAUAAUCGAAAACAGAACGAUAAUGAUGUUGAUAUUUUGAAGAAAAAUGUGCCUAAAAAGAAAAUAAAAUCGAAAUCGGAUUCUGAUGAUAGAGGAUUAAGUUUACCUGCAACCAAUGAUGAUAAUGAUGAAGAUGAUGAUAGUAGUGAUGAUGGUGAUUACGAACCUGUGGAUGAAAAGGUAAAAAAGAAAAAAUCUAAAAAUAAGAAAACGAAAACCAAAAAAUCUAUUGAAAAUUCAACCGAACAUCCAAUUUCGGAAGAUUCAACAAACAUUAAUCAUACGGUCAAUGCUUUCAGUGAUUCAAUUCGACGAAAAUUAUCAUUAAAAUAUAAUGGUAAUAUUCAGCCAGCUAGUUCAUCAUCCGAAUCAUUAAAUUUAUUGAACGAAAGACGUAUAAUCGGUCCAGUCAUAAGGAUUAUUCGUAAUGAAUUGAACAAUGAAAAAAAGAAAAGUAAAAAAUCUAAAAUGAAAAUCACUCAAGAACAUUCAGAUCAUAUUGAUGAUGAUGAUCUUUAUACAAGAAUCAUAAUGGAUAGUAAACUUCAAUAUCAAUUGAUUAAUAAGAUUGAUGAAUUACCAGUUACAAAUCAAGGUAUUACAUCAUCAUCAUUAACUUCAUCAACAAACAUAUCAUCAUCAUCAUCAACAACAACAUCCGGAUCAUAUCUUCGAUCAUCAGCAGCACGUUUAAAAAAAUUAAAACAAAAUCUAAUCGAUGCUUGCACUGAAGAUCGUGUUGAUGAUUGGUGUUGUAUAUUUUGUCAACAACGGCCAAAUGUUAAUAAUCUUGGCUAUCUUUAUGGGCCUUAUUAUUUUAAUGAUGAUGAUGCUGAUUUUAAUAUGAAUAAAAAUAAUAAUAAUCAUAAUAAUGUUAAUGCAAACUUUGAAAUAUGGUUUCAUGAACAAUGUUAUCUAUGGACAAAUAUACCAAUGGCAACACCAUAUCGUCCAAUCAAUAGCCAUUCAUUAUCAAUCAUAAAUGAAGCAUUAAAAUCAUAUUGUUAUUAUUGUAAUAAACCGGGUGCAACUAUUACCUGUUCAAUGAAUCAAUGUGAUCGUCAUUAUCAUCAUAAUCAUUUUUAUCGUAAUCAUCGUAUUGAUCGAUUGUGUUUUGAAAAUAUGGCCAUUAUGCCAAUGUUAUUACAUUAUCCAUGUGCUAUUGAAUUGAAUUAUAAAUUUGAUGAUAAUAAUUUUAUUGUUUAUUGUCCUGAUCAUCAAUUAUGAUAUUCAUGAUUAUCAUUUACUAUUCUACUAUUAAUCUAUAUACAUUUUCGAAAAAAAAGUAUAAACUUUUCCAGAAUAAUAUUUCUCAA